GGUCGCCCGAGCGCGGUCCGAGCCAUCUACUGCUGCCGGUCCCUCGGCCCCUCCGACUCGCCGCCCGCCCCUUCGCCGCCCGCCGCCGUCACUCAGGGAAACGGGCUGCGACCGCCCGCCGACCCCAAGCUGGUUUCAUGGCAGCCGCGAAGAAAGCAGUUUUGGGGCCGUUGGUGGGAGCAGUGGACCAGGGCACCAGCUCGACGCGCUUUUUGGUUUUCAAUUCAAAAACAGCCGAACUACUUAGUCAUCAUCAAGUGGAAAUAAAACAAGAGUUUCCAAGAGAAGGAUGGGUGGAGCAGGACCCUAAGGAAAUUCUGCAUUCUGUCUAUGAGUGUAUAGAGAAAACGUGUGAGAAACUUGGACAGCUCAAUAUUGAUAUUUCCAACAUAAAAGCUAUUGGUGUCAGUAACCAGAGGGAAACCACUGUAGUCUGGGACAAGUUAACUGGAGAGCCUCUCUACAAUGCUGUGGCUGCUCCAGUUUCUCCUGGCCCUUCAGAUCCAGUUGCCGUUGUUCCCUCUGGCUCUUCAGUUCCAGCUGCUGGCGCUGCCUCAGUGUGGCUUGACCUAAGAACCCAGUCUACCGUUGAGAGUCUUAGUAAACGAAUUCCAGGAAAUAAUAACUUUGUCAAGUCCAAGACAGGCCUUCCACUUAGCACUUAUUUCAGUGCAGUGAAACUUCGUUGGCUCCUUGACAAUGUGAGAAAAGUUCAAAAGGCAGUUGAAGAAGAUAGAGCUCUUUUUGGGACCGUUGAUUCAUGGCUUAUUUGGAGCUUGACAGGAGGAGCCAGUGGAGGUGUCCAUUGUACAGAUGUAACAAAUGCAAGCAGGACGAUGCUUUUCAACAUCCAUUCUUUGGAAUGGGAUAAAGAGCUCUGCGAAUUUUUUGAAAUUCCAAUGAAAAUUCUUCCAAAUGUCCGGAGUUCUUCUGAGAUCUAUGGCCUAAUGAAAAUCUCUCAUAGUCUGAAAGCUGGGGCCUUGGAAGGUGUACCAAUAUCUGGGUGUUUGGGGGACCAAUCUGCUGCAUUGGUGGGACAAAUGUGCUUCCAGGAUGGACAAGCCAAAAACACGUAUGGAACAGGCUGUUUCUUACUAUGUAAUACAGGCCGUAAGUGUGUAUUUUCUGAACAUGGCCUUCUGACCACAGUGGCUUACAAACUGGGCAGAGACAAACCAGUGUAUUAUGCGUUAGAAGGUUCCGUAGCUAUAGCCGGUGCUGUUAUUCGCUGGCUAAGGGACAAUCUUGGAAUUAUAAAGACCUCUGAGGAAAUUGAAAAACUUGCUAAAGAAGUAGGUACUUCUUAUGGCUGCUAUUUCGUCCCAGCAUUUUCAGGACUAUAUGCACCUUAUUGGGAGCCCAGUGCAAGAGGGAUCAUCUGUGGGCUCACUCAGUUCACCAAUAAAUGCCAUAUUGCUUUUGCUGCAUUAGAAGCUGUUUGUUUCCAAACUCGAGAGAUUUUGGAUGCCAUGAACCGCGACUGUGGAAUUCCUCUCAGCCAUUUGCAGGUAGACGGAGGAAUGACCAACAACAAAAUUCUGAUGCAGCUACAAGCAGAUAUUCUGUAUAUCCCAGUAGUGAAGCCCUCGAUGCCCGAAACCACUGCUCUGGGAGCUGCCAUGGCAGCAGGGGCUGCAGAAGGGGUUGGCGUUUGGAGUCUGGAACCUGAGGACUUGUCAGCUGUCACAAUGGAGCGGUUUGAACCUCAGAUCAACGCUGAGGAAAGUGAAAUUCGUUAUUCUACGUGGAAGAAAGCUGUGAUGAAGUCAAUGGGUUGGGUUACAACUCAGUCUUCAGAAAGUGGUGACCCUAGUAUCUUCUGUAGUCUACCCUUGGGCUUUUUUAUAGUGAGUAGCAUGGUAAUGUUAAUCGGAGCAAGGUACCUCUCAGGUAUGCCAUAAAUACUACCAACUCAUGGAUUCCAAAGAUGCGAGCUCUUUACCUACCGAGAGAAUCCAGUGAUUCUGUCUCUUAAUGUGAUGACACUACUCAUAGACUCUGAUUUUAUUUAUAAGCCACUAGCUGCAUGACCCUCCAAGUAGACCUGUGGCUUGAAAUAAAGUAAAUGCAGCAGAAAGAAUGCUAUAGAAACAUUUGGUGUGUUUUUUAACAUCGGUAGUUAAGAUUGGACCAGCUACCUUUGGGGCUGACCCGCUCCUUUGCCAUCAUUUCCUGCCUCAUUCCCUCUAAGAUCUAGGAAUAAUUCAGAUCCUGUCCAUUGGAAUCUUUUAUCACAUAUAUUCAAACUCUGAUGGGCCAGGAUUUGAUUCCUGAACUACACAUGCUUGAUUAAGGGGCUGUUACUAAUGGGCUAAAAAUUUGUGACCUUUUGUUUGCUUCUUUUUAACAGACCCCCCUACCCAAAGUCCUCUUUUCUGCAUAUUAGGGAGACCACAGCAUCUUCACUGAAUGUUUAAAUGGAAGCCUCUACUAAAUUCUUAAAAUGGAAAUUUAGUACCCUCAUUGCUUAGGUAUUUCGCUGAAAAGUAUUUGCCAAAACUGAAAAUUCUUCAUAUAUUGUAUUUAACGUGGUCUCACUAAUUACACUGAAUUGCUAUCUGGAUCUUAUAGGGAAGGACACUUUCCUUUUUUUUUCUUUCAUCUCUCCUUUUUAUAUAUUUUUUUACUUUGUAUGUCUAACAUACAUGCCUAUAUAUUUUAUAUACCGAGGGUAGCCCAUUUAUAAAAAGAGUACGUGUUCUCACUAAUUACACUGAAUUUCUGUCUGGAUCUUAUAGGGAAGAACACUUUCUUUUUUUUCUUUUUGUCUCUCCUUUUUAUAUUUCUUACUUUGUAUGUGUAACAUACAUGCCUUUAUAUUUUAUAUACUGAGGGUAGCCCAUUUAUAAAUUAAGAGCACACUGUAUUCUGUAGGUUAUAACGGGGCUGGUCUUAAGUGGACCUCUAUGUGUAUAAAUAUUUUGGAGAAAACAGCUGUAUACAUUUUUGGGCAAUGGUUAUGCAUAUUAUUUACCAGGAGAAACUUUUUCUUAAAGAGCCAACAUUUAAAAUUUAAGUAUAUGUUCUAUGUCAAUAAAAGAAAAUAUACUUUAUUGUGACUAUAAUUUCUUAUACCAUACUUUUAUAUGCUAAAAAAGAAAAGAGAAAAAACUGUGGAAUACUACAGCAAACAUUGUUUUCAAAUACAAGCACUAGUUCAUAUAAAGUUAUUUUUCCUUUGACGUAAUUUUACACAUAUUUAGUAUAUUUUGAGGGGAUGUCAAAAAAUGUUAAAAUACUUAAGUAGAAAAAAAAGCCAAGAAUCUCUUUCUCUCCAAGUAUGUUAUCAAUUGCUGAUAAGCGAUUAAAAUUUCUAUUUGAGAUAACAGAUAGCUAUCUCUGCUUAUUGUCAUAUUACAACUGAAAAAAAAAGGUUUUAUUGAUAGAAAUGGCUUCUAGCAAAACCAAGAAUUUCUUUCUGCCCCCCACCGACAACCAAGAAUUUCUCAAAAAAUUUAAUGUUAUGUGUUGUAAAAACGUAACCUAAUCUAGCUUCUUAAUGUCAAUUUAAAAAUAUCUUAAAAUUAAUUUGUGUUUACUACAAACAAGAAGAUACUGCCUUCUAAUUAUUUUCUUCAAUCAGUGAUGAAAAUGGGAAAAUAUUUAUAUAUUAAUAUAAAAGGUUUUGUUUUGUUUGGAAUUAAUGUAGCUUUCAUUUGCAGUUCUGAUUAUGCUGUUUCUAAAUUAUUGAAUCUGCUGGGUUUUAUUGACGCAGCUGCCACUUUAGUGACGUAAAUAUUAUAGAAAGGUACUAUGAAAUUAUUACUUUGUGGCAAGGAUACUUUUAAACAUAAUUAUGUUUCUACAAAGGUAGGUUGAGUUAAUGUAAAUAGUUGUGAAAAUCAUUGUUCAAAUAAUUUUAAGAUUACAUUAAUUUUCUAUAAAUUGCAAUAUUUAUAAAUGUUUGAAAUUAUACACAUUGAUAUUUAAUGAUAAAUUUACUUAAAAUAAAUCAACCUUCAUUCUUACUUGCAUUUCUCAUUUACAGACUAGAACUUAGAUCAAAGUUAAAUUGAGAAAGAAAUUGCAGGACAUGUGAAGCUCAGCUGUUAGCACUUGAUCAGGCACACUCUGAAGAAUUAACCGACAGCCGAAGAAGUAGUUUCUGGAAUGAUGAGCACCUUACUCGUUCUGUUAGAAAAGACUACAGUGUCCCAUCUCAGCAUCCAGAAAAUACCCUGCUGAGGUCAGCAGCCUUUAUCAAUAGGGUCUUGUGGCCAUGGCUAACCAUGACCUACUGGUUCCACUCUCUGCUUCAGUUUCUCUCUACCUGGGUGAUUUGGUGGAGUGAAGUACACCACUGUUCUCUGAACACAAUAGUCAACACCUCAACCUUUUUUUUCUCCAGGUAAUCAAUAACAUAAGUAAUGCAUUUUUGCUUCUGUAAUAAUAUCUUAGAAUUUUUUAGUGUGUUUCUUUUGAAAUGCCUAAAGGUCAGCUCUUUGGCUUAUGGGUAUUUUGUAUCAUGUGGGAAUGAAGAAUGAUAGCUAUUUAGGAGGGACCACCAAUCAAAAUAUGUCAUAGCACAGAAACUGUAACAGUAUGGGCAUUCUAGUCGGUAGUAUUUACCUCACAGUGUCUACCUAAUCGCAAAUAGAAGUUCAAAAAUUAUUAUUUUUAUAGCUUUAAUGAGUUAUAAUUGAUAUACAGAAAACUGUACAUAUUUAAUGUAUAUACUUUGAUGAGUUCAGACAUAUGCAUACACCCAUUAUCCCAUUACCACAAUCAAGGUUAUAAACAUAUCUGUCACCUCCAAAAUUUUUCUUAUGUCCCUUUGCUUGUUGUGUUUGUGUGUUAAGAAUGCUUAACAUGAGAUCUACCCUCUUACAUUUUAAAUUAUUUAUUUAUUUAUUUUUGGCUGCAUUGGGUCUUUGUUGCUGCGUGUGGGCUUUCUCUAGUUGUGGUGAGUGGGGGCUACUCUUCGUUGCAGUGCGCGGGCUUCUUAUUGCGGUGGCUUCUCUUGUUGUGGAGCACGGGCUCUAGGCGCGCAGGCUUCAGUAGUUGCGGCACACAGGCUCAGUAGUUGUGUCUCUUGGGCUCUAGAGCUCAGACUCAGUAGUUGUGGCGCACGGGCUUAGUUGCUCCGCAGCAUGUGGGAUCUUCCUGGGCCAGGGCUCGAAGCCAUGUCUCCUGCAUUGGCAGGCGGAUUCUUAACUACUGUGCCACCAGGGAAGCCCUACCCUCUUAAAUUUUUAAGUGCACAAUACCAUAUUGUUAACUGUAGGCACUAUGUUGUACAACAGAUAUCUAGAACUUAUUCAUCUUGUGUAAUUAACUUCAUAUCCACUGAACAACUCCCCAUUUCCCCCUCACCCCAGACCCUGCUAGGCACCAAUCUCUUUUCUGUUUCUAUGAGUUUGACUUUUUAAGAUUCCACACAUGAAGUAAGAUCAUGCAGUAUUUCUUUCUGUGUCUGGUUUAUUUCACUUAGCAUAAUAUCUUCCAGGUCCAUCGAUGUUGUCACAAAUAGUAGAAUUUCCUUCUUGUUUUAAGGCUGAUCAAGAUUCCACUGCAUGCAUAUACCACAUUUUCUUUAACCAUUCAUCUGUCAAUGGACAUUUGGGUCGUUUCUAUAUCUUGGCUAUUGUGAAUAAUGCUGCAGUGAACAUGGGAGUGUAGAUAUCUCUUCAAGAUCCUGAUUUCAGUGCUUUUGGAUAUAUACUCAAAAGUGGGAUUGCGGGAUUAUAUGGUAGUUCUAUUUUUAAUUUUUUUGAGGAAUCCUCAUACUGUUUUCCACAGUGGCUGUACCAUUUUACAUUCCCACCAACAAUGUUACAAGUGUUCCAAAAAUUAUUUUUUAACUAGAACUUUGUAAUAACUUGUUUUAGCUAAUAAUAUUUAAGUAAUGAAGUUUACUUGAUCCGUUCUAGCAACCUAACAAUUUGUAAGGUCACAUAACAGGCAAUUAUUGGAAAACUGAGUGGCUUUUUUAAAACCAACUUGGUUGCUACUUGGUCUAUACUUUAUAGGUAUAUAUCUUAGUUCUGGUCUUAUGAUAAAGUAUAAAUUGUGUUAAGUAUCAUAGACAAAAAACUCUCGCAAGUAUUUCCAAACAUUUCCCUGUCAUCAGAUUUAGUGAAAAUGACCUAUUAAAUUAAAUUUGGGGACUAUAAAGAUAAAUAUUCUGAGAAGCAGAAGAUAGUUUAAAAACAAGUUGCUCAACUAGACCAAUAUCUCUAUUUACCAGUUUUCAUCCUAUUUCAGGUAACUAGUUCUACCUGACAACAUAAUAGUUGAGGAUAACAAUAUUUUUCAGUUUUUCUGUGUAGUAUUAAAAUUAAGUAGCUUCUUUUAUUCCCCAUUAUUAAACCUGAUAUUAUUUAUCUCAUUGAUUGCUUAUUAUGAUAUGACUAGUUUACAAGUGGAUUUCAUAAAUAUCAGAUCACUUAAAUCAUCUCCAAAACAUUCAUCAAAAGGAGACUGGUUAAAUUAACUGUGCUACAGCCACACAAUAUAGAACAUGUAGCUUUAGAAAAGCAUGAGGAUGCUGUCUAGAAACAUGGAGACAUCCAAGAUAAGUGAAAAAGCAAGGUGCAGAGGAGUGCGUAAGUGUGCUACCUUUCCAUUUAAAAAAAAAAAGAAAAAGAAAAAUCUAGGAUGUUUGCCUGUGCCAGAAGGACACAUAAGGAAAUUGGGAAGCUGCUGCAUAGCACAGGUAGAUCAGCUCGGUGCUU